AUGGCGACUCCCACAAAGCCUCCCGCAAAGGGAUCGGGGAAGAAGCAGCAGCCCAAGGUCCUCAAGAGAGACUCGCGCCUCGAGAAGAGAAAGCAGCAGCAGCAAACAAUCGAGCAGCUCGAAAAGUCCGUAGCCGACUUUGACCCCAAGAGCGAAUACACCAGCUUCUCCGAACUCCCCCUCUGCGAAACGACCCGAAAGGGCCUCGAGAAAUCCCACUUCGAGACCCUCACCGAUAUCCAGUCACGCGCCGUGCCCCUCGCCCUCAAGGGCAGCGACAUCCUCGGCGCCGCCAAGACGGGCAGUGGCAAGACCCUCGCCUUCAUUAUCCCCGUUCUCGAGAAGCUCUACCGCGCGCAAUGGACAGAGUUCGACGGCCUCGGCGCCCUCAUCAUCUCCCCGACCCGCGAACUAGCCGCCCAGAUCUUUGAGGUCCUCCGCAAGGAAGAGGCCGAGCGUCUGUCAAAGAUGAACAUCCUCGUCUGCACGCCCGGUCGCAUGCUGCAGCACCUCGACCAGACGGCCGGUUUCGACGUCGAUAACCUCCAGAUCCUCCACGCCGUCGACGCCUUGGUAGACCACCUGCCCUCCACGAGACAGACCCUCCUCUUCAGCGCGACGCAGAGCAAGAAGAUCUCCGACCUCGCGCGCCUGAGUCUCAAGGACCCCGAAUACGUCUCCGUCCACGAGGAAUCCACGCCCAAGAACCUUCAGCAGCACUACAUCGUCACCCCCCUCCACGAGAAGCUCGACACCCUCUUCGGCUUCAUCAAGGCCAACCUCAAGAGCAAAAUCAUCGUCUUCUUCUCCUCAGGCAAGCAAGUCCGCUUCGCCUACGAGGGCAUGCGACACCUCCAGCCCGGUGUGCCCCUCCUCCACCUCCUCGGCAAGCAGAAACAGCUCCAGCGCAUGGAAAUCACAAAGCGCUUCGCCGACGCAAACGCCUCCGUCCUCUUCGCCACCGACGUCGUCGCCCGCGGCGUCGACUUCCCCGCCGUCGACUGGGUCGUCCAGGUUGACUGCCCCGAGGACGUCGACACCUACAUCCACCGCGUGGGCCGUACCGCCCGCUACGAGCGCGACGGAAAAGCCGUCCUCUUCCUCGAGCCCAGCGAGGAGGCCGGCAUGCUCAAGCGCCUCGAGCUCAAGAAGGUGCCCAUCAACAAAAUCACCGUCAAGGAGAGCAAGAAGAAGAGCAUCAAGGACCAGCUCCAGAGCAUGUGCUUCUCCAACCCAGACCUCAAGUACCUUGGCCAAAAGGCCUUCAUCAGCUACGUCCGCUCCAUCUACCUGCAAAAGGACAAGGAGGUCUUCAAGUUCAACAAACUCGACCUCGACGCCUACGCCGCGAGUCUCGGCCUCCCCGGUGCGCCGCAGAUCAAGAUGCGCAAGGGCGAGGACAUCAAAAAGGUCAAGAAUGCGCCCCGCAAGGGCAAGUCCUCCGACGAAGACGAGGAGGACUCGGACGACGCGGCGGCGGCGGCGGCGGGUCCCAAAAAGCCCAAGAAGCCCGAGGUCAGGACAAAGUACGACCGCAUGUUCGAGCGCACGAACCAGGACGUCCUCUCGGGCCACUACACCAAGCUCGUAGCCAACGGCGACGAAGUCACCGGCGACACAACCGCAGCAGCACCCGCCGGCGCAGACGGAGCAGAAGAAGAAGAAGACUUCCUCUCCGUAAAACGCGUCCUCAACGACUCGGAACUCGACGCCGAAUCCGCCCUCGCACCAGGCGCCAAACCAAAGGUGCUAUCCUACGGCGGGCAAGACUUCAUCGUCGACUCCAAGCGUCGCGAAAAGGCCCUCCAGUCCAAGAAGAAGAUGCUCAAGUUCAAGGGCCGCGGCGAGAAGCUCGUCUUUGACGAGGACGGCAACGCGCACCAAAUCUACGAGCUGCAAAACGAAGACGACUUCGAAAAGGAAGGCCCAGCGGAGGCGCUCCGGAAAAAGUUUGUCGAGGGCGAGGCGGCGCGCGUCAAGGAGGCCGACGUGGAUGAUAAGCUCGCCGCCAAGGGACGGCUCAAGGAGAAGAGACUUAAGAGGAAGCAGAGGGAGGCCGAGGAGCGCGGGGAGGUUGUGCCGAAGGGUGCUGAAGGACCGCAGUACAGCGGCAGCGAGGACGAGAGGCCAAAGAAGAAGACUAAGAAGUGGUUCCAGGAUGACUCGGACGAGGAGAGGGAGAAGAAGAAGAAGGCCAAGAAGGGUGGCAAGGUGCUCGAGAUUGACCACGAGCCCGAGACGUUGGAGGACCUCGAGGCUUUGGCUUCGGGCUUGUUGAACUAA